CUGGACGCCGAGGCAUGAAGAGCCUCCCCUGCGGGCGGCCUGAAGCCAGUUCGGGCCUUCUGCGGCUGCGAGCUGGCCGCCCCAUGUGGGCUCCGUCCUCCGCGGCCGCUGCCGCCCGCGCCGGGAUGGAGGCGCAGGGCAGCCGCCGGCAGCAGCUCCCCGUCCUGCUGCUCUGGGUUAAUGGUCUAAUGACACUUGGAUUUGCAGGUGUACGUCAACAGACUGAGCUCUGCAAUGAAUCUCUCAUGUUAGAAAAGUUGCCUGCCUGUGGAAAAUACUUUGAAGAGAUGAUGAAGAAAGUGGACUCCAAAAAGUGGUGCAACCUUACAGAAUUUAUCAUGUAUUAUGACAACUUUACCCAGUGCACAGAACGUGAAGCCAACAAUGCAAGUUGCUUUUGGCCAAACCCCCUUGCAGAAGGCUUUAUCACUGGAAUUCAUAAACAAUUCUUUUCAAACUGUACUUCAGAAAAGGUUCACUGGGAAGAUCCACCGGAUGAAAUUGUCAUAGCACUGAUUUUGAUCCCAGUCAUGUUGACAUGUGCCAUGAUAACACUGGUAGUAUGGUGCAGCAAGAGAAGUGAUAUCUUGGUGUAAGUUCUUCCUCUGGCCUUUCUUUUUCUUCAUUUCUUUCUUCCAUAAAUACUAAGAAAGGAGGACAAAGAGAGGAACGUGGCAUAAAGAUUUCAGAUCUGCUGAAAUGGAACCAGUGAGAUAUUGAGAACCUCCUAUGUAUGAAGGACUACCUGCUGCUGCUGCUGCUGUUGUGGCACUGCUUCUGUCUUGACCAUGAGUAUUGCUGGUGGAAAGUUCUACUUCCAUGAAGAAGCCUCAUCAGCAUAGAAUUCACAGGCAGCUCGCAGAAACAGGAGAGUUCCCAGGCAAAUGGACCCCUGGUCUGCAAAAGGAGUAAAGUUACUUUCCUGUGGGGAAAGAUGGCUGGUAAAGUUUUGCAAAGCUGUAUAUGUGUAAUACUGACCUGUGGGGAAGUGAUAUCUCUUGAGGUUUUUUGCAGGACAGUCAAGGUUUUUAUCUGUGAACCCUGUGACUUGGAGAGAUCCCUGGCACAGGAACUGAUUAGUGAUAUAACUAGGUGGCAGCUUUUCUCAGAAGCUAGUCAAAAUUGUCAUUAUCAAAACUGGGAAGUAUUGUUCUGGCAAAGAAACAACUUCUGUGUCUGGUGACUAUCUGCACAGGGAAAUUAUCCUGCCACAUUAUAAAAUAGUUUAUAAAACCCUUUAGGCAUGGCUGCUUGGAAUUUUAUGUUUUACAAACAAACUUUGGGAGGAUAUACAAAUCUUACUUUGCAGAGCUGGAAAAUGUGAGAGGAAAUUGUUUGAUUAUAAAUAUACUAAAGAGUAAUGAAGAAACUUUCAUAUGCCAGACUUUCUAUUUUUCCUCUUUUAUAAUUAUUAUUCUUGAUGACUUGUGUUCACUGUAUACUCCCCACUCUCACUCCAGUUUUUGCAAGUGAUAUACUCCAAAUAAAUAUACAGGUGUCAUGUUGAGGUGCCUUUCAGAGUAUUGUACAUGAAUAAUUCUUUGUCCUAUGAAGAGUGUGGGAACUAAAGUAUGAAUAUCAAAACUUGGAAUAGAAGUAGGAGGAAAAAGAAAAAUUCAACUCAGAAAUCUUAUUCUGUAAUGUAAUAGUUGAAAUAAAGAUCAUAUACUCAAAACAAAAGAAUUUCUCUGUGUUGCAAACCUUCUUUUCACAGCAUGCCUUUCAGUCCAUGCUUUUCUAUGACAACUGUGCAAUGUCUUUUACAAGUGACUUUUAAUUUUUCCACACCUUAUACACACAAAUAAAAUACAGCUGGAUGGCCGAGUA